AUGAAGCGAAAGGCCGAUCCUGCGACGCUCCCCGUCGAGGGCGGCAAGGACUCUGCGGCGGCGGCGGCGGGGUCGAAGAAGCGCAAGCUGAGCGAGCCUGACGACUUUGUUGCGUUGAAUACUGAGAAGGAGGCGCGCAAGAAGGCGAAGAAAGAAAAGAAGGAGAAGAAAGACAAAAAAGACAAGUCGGAGAAAUCGGAGAAGUCAGAGAAAUCUUCUGACAAGUCUGAGAAGAAGGAAAAGAGCAAGGACAAGUCCAAGGACAAGAAGGAGAAGAAGGAAAAGAAAGACAAGAAGCGCAAGGCCGAGGCGAGCGAGGAUGUGGUUGAUGCGGAGACGCAACCCGCGCCCGCCGCUCUGAACGGAGACGCGGACGAGGUGCCAGUGAAGAAGGAAAAGAAAGACAAGAAGGAUAAGAAGAGCAAAAAGGAGAAGAAGGCCAAGGGGGAGUCUGCCACAGACGGUGCAGACACCACCAAAGUGCCCGUCAAGGAAGAGGCCGAGGCCGAGGCCGUCGACGGAGCUGAGGAGCAGCAGUCUGGCAAGAGGGAGAAGUACAUUGUCUUCAUUGGCAAUCUGCCCUACAGCGCCACCGCCGACUCCGUCCGCGAGCACUUUGCGUCUGUCAAGCCGACGUCCGUCCGCCUGCUGACGCACCGCGACAACCCCUCAAAGAGCAAGGGCAUCGCGUUCAUGGAGUUCGGCACGUACGGCCACAUGAAGUCGUGCCUCGAGCACUUCCACCACUCCGAGUUCAACGACGGCGUGUCGCCGGCGCGCAAGAUCAACGUUGAGCUGACUGCCGGCGGGGGCGGAAAGAAGGAGGCGCGUCAGGAGAAGAUCAAGGCCAAGAACAAGAGCCUGGACGAGGAGCGCGCGAAGCGCCUGGCCAAGGAGGAGGCGGCGAAGAAGGAGAAGGAGGCUGAAAAGGGUCCGAAGCCCGAGGCGCAGGAGGAUAUGAUCCAUCCCAGUCGCCGGGGCCAGGUCCCCAUCAACAGGAGGAGAUGA